AUGGUUUCUCAAACGUACAAAGAACAAGAUCCACAAAAACAAAUAGCGCAUAGGAUGGCACUCCAACCACAAUACGACGAAUUUAAAGCUACAACACAAGACUGCUGCACUGUUGGUUCCAAUGAUGACGACAAGACGAGGAUCAAAGAGCCAUGCCACCCAAAAGCUGUGCACGACACGAAAUGCAGCUUUGACGGAACAAUAGCUGUGGAUGCUGACGAUGACACUACUCUGUCCACAUUGGACACUUCUUCGGAUGAUCUACUAGAGAGGGGCAUUGCACGGGUCGGGGCAAGAACGGCAGAGGAGGACCGCCAAAGGAGGGUACAACAGCGACCAUGGUCCAAGAAGCCUGGGGUUGCUUUGGGUCUCAUUAUCCUGCUAAUAGCCGUGGUGGUGCUAGCGACAAGUCUGUGGUUAUGGCUAGCGUUGAAAGACGUGGAUGAAGAGAGGGAGCCAAUCUUCGGAAUCCAAGCGAAUGUUACUUUCUUUCGCCGUCAUUUGCAAUUUGACGCACAUCCCUGA